AUGAAGCGAGCUGUACAGCAAAUUAUGUCUGAAGCUGAUGAAAAUAAUCUAGAUUCAAGAAACAAUUUUAUGCCUGUGCAUGAUUUGGAAAAUCCAGUAAAUAAUGAAGAUGAGUCAGACAAAAACAAUGAGUCACAAGAAAAAGCUUCAGAAAAUUUAAGCAAAGUUAAUUUACAGGUAUCUCAAAUAUCUAUUGCCAAUCCGCAAAUUAAUUUAGAAUCUGACAAUAGACAAGCAUUUGAACAGCAAUUAGAGGCGCACACAUAG